UGCUGGGAAAAUAUGACAAGUCGCGUGAAGGGCACUGCACUAUUUUUGGUGUACGGUGUGGUGGUUAGUUUAGUUAUUUGACAUAUUCAGUGCGUUAAAUAGUAAACUAAUUAUCUUACCCUGGCAACAUAAGAUCAUAGCUGGCUAGUUAGCUACGAGUUAAGUUAUAGUUAAAUAAAGCAACGUAAGAAAUCGCUCUGUCCCACGCGUUUACAAGCAUGCCUCCAGAAGCCGAUGGCACCGCCGCCUUUUUACAGAAGGCAUCCAUUUAUUACAAAGACGUCUGUCCGGAGCAGUCCCGCUUUCUGAUGUAUCAACAGCAAUGUAUGAAAGGCGAGCAGGAACUAGAUGGGAUGCUCUGCCCGUUCUGUUUCCAGUGGCGACACCCCGACAACCAGCGGGUCAGGAUUAAGCCGAAGCGCAGGGCCUCCAGGGAGAUCCAGAAGGUUCUGCGCAGGGAGGCAGCCCAGAAGCGCCUCAGCCCAGAGCAGCUGAAGGCCCUCAGAAGGUUCCGGAACUCCUGUAGCACUCGGAUGGCCACUUGCCACACCUGCGACAAGACUUCCAGGAGCCGUGGCAUCAGCAGGGAUACAGUGGCGGCCCUCUCCAGGCCCCAGAGCACCCCUGGGAAUUUUGGGAAACCGAAAACCCCAGGCCGGACCCCCCGCUCUGGAGGUGGAAAAGCUCCCCCCAAAUCUACAGAGAAGACACCCUACGGAACACCCAGGUCUGCCUCAUCGGAGUCAGGCACCCCUUCCUCAACGCAGGGUGACAAAAAGAAGUCCGCCUUCUCCAGGCUCAGGAAGAUCCUGACGCUGUCGGAGACCCCGACCAAACAAAAGGGAGGCUUAAAGGCCUUCCUAUCUUCCCUCUGAGUUCUGAGGCACGUCCCCCCUCCGGUCAACUGCCAGAGCAGCUUGUGUUCUACAGAGAAGGGCUUCACCCUGGAUUCAGGAUGAUAAGCAGGGCAGUCCCCCCCCCCCCACCCCCCGCCAACCAGCUUAGCGCCUACUCCGCCUACAGUGCAGUUUUGAGAUCCUGACCCCUGCGCUGACUUGCAGGAAAUUAUUCCAGAAGUGCUUUUCUGGAAUGUUUCUGUUUUUGUAGGUAAUGUAGGUGCCAAAAGAAUCAGUGUUGCACUGGGACAAGGAAUUUCCACAAUGCAUAAGAGCUUAUAUGCUCUCAAGUGGAUAUUUCUAGUAUUUUCUUUGCGUUGGAUUGAGCUACUAGGUCUCAUGUAGAGGUCCACUCAGUCAAAGAUGUGUUCCUUAACCCUUUUUUUUUUUAUAUAUAUGUUUUGUAUUAUGUUCUAGACUGUUCUAGAGUUGUCAUACAUGUAUUUCUUAUGCACAGUUUUCAAUUAAUUUUAUUUAAUAUCACAAUUUGUUUGUGCAGCAUAUUGGCUUUUUGCCCACUAUAGUAGUGUGCUACCGAGUUUCAAAAGACAUUUUUAUACAUGAAGUGUUUGUAUGCAUUGGUCCAGACAAAGACUGUUUGCAGGAGAAUGGACUUGUGUGGACUGCAGUGUUUACAUUAAAUGUAUCCUGCCUUAAACUUUUUUAGGAUUUUCUUUUCUUUUUACAAAAAAAAGACCAAAGAAAUCAAAGGCGAUGGCCAUGCUAUUACAUUUAUGUUGUAUUACAUUUGUUUUUAUGUACAAUACUGUUUAUAUUCUAUGGUUUGUAGACUUUUUUUUAUAUUGUAGUGUAUUGAUACAGAUUCAAAAGGCCUUGCAGAAAGUAUUUUUUCUUACUGGGUUGUAAAAUUGACUAUAAAGGUGUACUCAGGUGAUGUAUGUUUUGGGUUAAAUGUUUCAAGAAGCUCAGUAUAAUUGUAUGUCAAGUACAUUGUACCCUUUUUCAAUGUUAUAACUCAUGAAUAAGAAAUGUAAUGCUCUGUACAUCAUUGAAGUAAGCUCGGCCUUUGUGCUAAAAUAAAACUUUUCUUGUCCGUCAACA